AUUAAUUGUUCACCCAUAAAAAUGGACCCAUCUCCAGUACAAACAAAGAAACAGGAACUAGAGAUUGCCAAAGCUGAGGAAUCCCUGCACCUUCUUGAAGAUUUCUUGUUCCACAAAAUAGAGAACAACCUUCACAAAAACAGUAGCCUAGCAAGAUACUCGACUCUAAUGACUGGAACGAUUAAUGUCAAAGAGCCAUUCACGAGGGAGCGACACUAUUAUUUCACCAAACUUUCUGAAAUACUUUGGGUAGCUGACUUUAUAAGAACGAUUAGAAUUGAGGACUCUGGUAAAAAAGCAAGGGAAAUAUCGAGAUCGAUACUGAGAAGAGUCAGGAAAAUAGAGAUUAGAGAUAUGUUAAUAAUUUUGAAUAUAAAUCACCCACUUUGUAUCCUACCAGAGAAAGAACUAGAUCUUGACAAAAUUUUGAUAAAUAUUCAGUCAAAUAUUACAAUCUGAAAAUAUAUUAUUCCUCGCAAAAUGUUUGCUAAAAUUAUCCAUUGCAGCUCAGGAUGUCUCAAACUAGCCAUACAAAACUGAGAGAUUGAUAUCUGAGCUAUCAAGAUCAAUCCUUUAACCUGGUUCAAAACUCAGACUCUAAAUCUAACAAAUUCGAGACCUCUUGGGUUUGAAGUAUGGGACUCAAAUCCCGAAAAACUUAUUCCUCUUUUGGAAUCAAUAGUGGCUUGAAAGAGUGAAACAAACCAUAGUUUAAAAGACUCUUUGGAAGAGAUCAGUCUUUUUCCAUCCUUUCUUUCUAAGCUUGACCUUCAAAACCUCAACAAAGUUUGUCAAGGAACGAAUAUAUCAGUAUGUAGCCACAUUGCAAAAGAAAUGCGGUAUCAGAAUAUAAGAUGAGAUAUUCAAUAA